UUAUUUUUCAGUGUGCUAGAGCUGCUAAAAUGCAAAUCAUCACCUCAUCACAGCAGAAAGGCCAUUCCUCUUGAGAGAGAUCAUGUGACUUCAGAUGUGAAGCAGAUAACUUCAGCCCAUCCCUUUCUCUGCCUGAGAUUCAGGGUGCAUGGUGACAAAACAGCUCUUCAACAGCAUGCAUACACUGCAGCUGGAGGGCUACAGCCAUGAGCUUGCACAUCAGGCUGAAUGAUGAACACAGCGUUUCCCCUGAAUGUUUCUGAAGAGCUGUGCUCAAGAAAUUUACUCUCAGGAAGCUGUUUAAAUAGGUGGAGAGCAAGUGCAUUGCAUCUCCUAGCUCCAGAACCCCAGAGAGAAUCCGAGCACCUGUUCUGCAGAGCCUCACCCGUCAUUGUGCAAUUCUGCUGCCAAAAAGGGGCUGCUUUCUCCUGAAAAAAAAAGAAUCUUCUAAAGUGCUAGGAAGAGCCUGGAGGGGUAUAACCCUCAUCACUGAAUGAAUGACACAGGAAAUGUGUAUAACAGCUGAAAGACACGUGCUUCAUAUCAGCAGCAGUUGAAACUGAUGGGAAGCAUUAUUGGAACCAUGGGGUGCAGCAGUUCUAUAGCUGACAGAACAUCAGAGAACGUCAUUAGAUCUGCUGUCCUUAUCCAGAAUUGGUACCGCUUCAGAAUGGCCCAGCUAGAGAUGAGGCGGCGCUAUUCUCUGAGUAUCUUUCAGUCAAUUGAAUAUGCUGAUGAGCAAGAUCAACUACAGCUAUCCAACUUUUUUACAUUCAUGCUGGAUCACUGUACUCCAACUGAUGCAGAUAACAGAACCCAAAAUGGAGUGGAAAGAUUCCAAAAGUUCUCUGGACAGAGAAAGCUGGACACUGCUUUUCCAGUUUCUGAAAUUUUUGCCAACCCUAAAGUUUCUCAUGUGGUAGAAGAAGGCUUAAGUUUAACAGAAUUUGAAAAGAAGAUUGAUGUUCCAGACUCUUAUUAUGGACCCCGACUCUCUUUCCCUCUUACUAUUAAUGAUGCCAAUGCUCUUCUUCAUGCUUUCAAGAGUGAACAACUGCUUCAUGCCCGUUAUGUACUGCAGCUGCUAUAUGAAACUAGGAGGGUUCUCAAGGAGAUGCCAAAUAUCACCCGUAUUUCAACUUCCUACUCCAAGGAGAUAACUGUCUGCGGAGAUUUGCAUGGAAACUUGGAUGAUCUUUUGCUGAUAUUCUAUAAGAAUGGUCUGCCUUCAGAACAAAAUCCUUACGUCUUUAACGGUGAUUUUGUUGACAGAGGGAAAAAUUCUAUGGAAAUUCUUAUAAUCCUGUUUGCAUUUCUUCUUAUCUACCCCAAUAAUUUACAUUUGAAUAGAGGAAACCAUGAAGACUACAUCAUGAACCUGAGAUACGGCUUCACAAAGGAAGUUUCGAGGAAGUACAAGGACCAUGGGGAUCAGAUUUUGUGUCUUCUGCAAGAUGUCUUUAGCUGGCUUCCCCUUGCCACUAUAAUUAAUAACAAAGUUCUUAUCCUGCAUGGAGGGAUUUCAGACACCACAGAUUUGGAUUUCCUGAAUGCACUUGAGAGAAAUAAGGUGAAAUCUUUGUUGCAGCCUCCGAAGUCAGUAAGACUCAGACAAGACCAAGUGAAGGAGAGCAUUCCUACAACCAGACCCAGUGAAAAGAUUGCCAGCCAGAAUCUUGCACGGAAAACCCAACACAUCUCUUCAUCAGGCUCCACUAGGCCUUCAGGCUCAAAUUUGUCUUCAGACCCUUCUGAGAAGGAAUGGAAACAAAUCCUUGACAUUCUCUGGAGUGACCCAAGAAGCCAAAGGGGCUGUACACCAAACAAGAGUCGAGGAGGAGGUUGUUACUUUGGUCCUGAUGUCACUGCCAAGCUGUUUAAAAAGUAUAAUCUGAAGAUGCUCAUCAGGUCUCAUGAAUUUAAGCCAGAAGGUUAUGAUAUCAGUCACAAUGGGAAGGUUAUCACUAUAUUUUCUGCCUCUAACUAUUACGAAGAGGGGAGCAACCGGGGAGCGUACAUCAAACUGAAUCCUGAACUGAUUCCUCGGUUUGUACAGUAUCAAGUCAGCGAGCACACACAGAGGCAGAAUCUUCACAAUAGGGUGGGUACAAUUGAAUCAUCUGCCUUAAAGUCCUUACGAGAGCAGAUUUAUGCUUACAAGCCUGAACUUACUAGUGCUUUUGCACAGUAUGACCUCAAUGGCACAGGCAGGAUUUCUGUCCAUGACUGGGCUGCUGCAAUGGAGUCUGUCCUACAGCUGGGACUGCCUUGGAGGAUGCUGCGCUCUCAGUUAGUACAGCUGACCCCAGAUGGAGAAGUUGAUUUCAUGUCCUGUUUUUAUGAUCUGAAAAUAAGUCAACCUGUAAAGGAGGUUCAGCCAGCUUUGGUGGAGACACUGUGCAGAUACAGAAAGGAUCUGGAGCUCAUCUUUAAUAUAAUUGACAAAGAUCACUCAGGUCUGAUUUCCCUUGAGGAGUUUCGCCACACAUGGAAACUCUUCACUUCUCACCUGGGCAUUGACGUAACUGAUGAAACCCUUGGCAAGUUAGUCCUCAGCAUAGACUACAACAAAGAUGGCUACAUUGACUUCAGUGAGUUUUUAGAGGCCUUUCAUGUGGUUCAUAGACUAGAGAGAAAGGCAAACUCAUGAAAAAGCAGAUCUUGUGGGCUACCAUAGCAGCUCACACUCCCAUUGAAAUCAUAAGCAGUCUGGGAGACUGGCAAUAAAUUGGCUCAGUAUGGUA